AUUUUUCCUCCCAUCCCCAGGACACUGCCGUUCUACAGGAUGAAGUCUACCUCUUGCGUUUUUCUCCUUCUCAUCCUCGUCCAGCUGAUGAUCCCAGGGACUGCUCCGUGUUCCUUAGACUCCAUUGUGGAUACAAAGAUAAAAGAAGUUCUCAACGGCUUGGAGAUAAGUACUUCUCCAACAAAAAAGAUGUCAUGUGUCAGUAUCACAAGCUCAGGCAGAUUGUCCUCGUGCCCUGCAGGGAUGGUUGUCACUGGCUGUGCCUGUGGCUAUGGCUGUGGUUCCUGGGAUAUCCGGGGAGAAACCACAUGCCACUGCCAGUGCAGCACGAUAGACUGGACCACUGCUCGUUGCUGCCACCUGACCUGAGGUGGAGGAGGAUGAGAACCCAGCUGUGUGACCAUGACUGCAAUGAAACCGUACGCCAAACAGGAAAACUGACUCAAACUUUCCCUUUCAUUUGUUACAACCUGCUUCUUGGGUAGUAAAGACAAUUUUUGCAUCUCU